AUGCUUCGCACCGCUACCCGCACCUUCGCCCCCACUCUCACCAAGCCCUCGGCCUUUGCCGGUUUGCGCUUCAAGCACACCCUCCCCUCCCUCCCAUAUGCCUAUGAUGCAUUGGAGCCCUAUAUCAGCAAGGAGAUCAUGGAGGUCCACCAUGCUAAACACCACCAGACAUAUGUCACCAACUUGAACGCUGCUGAGGAGAAGCUCGGAUCUGCCUACCAGUCUAAGGAUGUCAACGACGAGAUCGCCAUCCAGUCCGCCCUCAAGUUCAACGGCGGUGGCCACAUUAACCAUACCCUCUUCUGGGAGAAUCUGGCUCCUCACGCUCAAAGCGGCAAGCCCUCCGGCGAGCUCCUCAAGGAGAUCGAGAAGACCUGGGGCUCCUUGGACAAGUUCAUUGAGAAGUUCAAUGCCCAGACUGCCGCUGUCCAGGGAUCCGGCUGGGGUUGGUUGGGUUACAACAAGGAGUUCAAGCGCCUUGAGAUUGCCACGACCCCCAACCAGGACCCUCUCAAGGCUACGACCGGUUUGAUCCCCCUGUUGGGCAUUGACGUCUGGGAGCAUGCUUACUACCUUCAGUACAAGAACGUCCGCCCCGACUACCUCAAGGCUGUCUGGGAGGUCAUCAACUGGAAGACCGUUGCUGAUCGCUUCAACAAGCACCGUUAA